UAUGGCGGCGGAUGUGACACUUCGAACGUCCGUUGUAGAGAUGUAGGUAAAUUUACUUCAAUGUCAUGAAAGGAGCAAUGAAAUUCAGAGAUAACUGUGCGUUUCAAGUUCUUGAUGGAGGAUAAAAGUAAUUCUUCGAGAAUUUCUUCGAAGACUUCUCAGGUUUUAGUGCAGCCUCUGGAUGAUUCAAAAAUAAGAAAUUUGCUGCAUACUUUAGAGGAUUUAGUGAAAUCAUCUCUUGGACCUUCUGGCAGACUAAAGUUCUUUCAGACAUCUGGAGGUGGUCAUGUUACUGUAACAUCAACAUCGAGCAAAAUUCUUCAUAGUUUGUCUGGGUUGUCACAUCCUAUAUCAAGGUUGAUUCUCUCUGCUGUAAGAGGGCAUCUAGAUGCCUAUAAUGAUGGUGGUUUGAGGACAGCAUUGCUUAUGUUAAGCUUGAUACAAUCAGCCAUUGACAUGCAAAUUCCAAGAGUGCUAGUGACACAGAUCUUUGAACAUUCUCUGGAAGUCUUGUCUGAUCACCUUGAAUCAUGUCACUGGAAAAUGAAGAUGGAUAUUGGACACAUGAAAAGCAUGAUGUCUGUUGUGAACAGUAUUAUUGGAACCAAAUCUGCUUGUCAUCUUAGUGAAUCAGAAAAGCAAUAUAUCAGUGUGUUACUGAUCAAGGCUUUUCUCCAAUCUUUGCCAAGUAAGACAUGUAAAGAUUCUUCCUGUUCACCUUUGGCACCUCUUCCAGUCCAAAUAGUAACUUGUGAGGGAGAUCCUGUGAAUGAAUCCAAAAUUUUACUAGGUGUCCUUUUACAAGCCCCUGAUAUUCCUACCUUUCGACAAAACAAGACCCUUGUAAGCCCUGCUGCCAAGGUUGCUUUAUACAAUGUAUCAAUGGCAGGAGACACUGAUGAAUGGUUCAGUGAUAGUGUGAAGACAGAGGCAACAAUGUUUAGGCAUGAUGCUAACAUAGAAAGUGCAACUGUGCGUCAAAUGCUAAAGGUUGCUGAUUGGUUGAUUAGUACUGGGGUGGCUGUUAUUGCUUGCCAGAAGUGUGUACAUCCUGCAGUCAAGCAAUAUUUGCGAGAUAAGGGUGCUUUGGUGAUUGAUCGUGUCUCGAUUGUUCACAUUACGGCUGUACAGAGACUGACUGGGGCUGUACUCUUGAGCACUUUCACCAUGGACAUUCCUGUGUCAAACUUUGGACAACUGGAGAGGAUUGAACAUAUGGUGUUAAAUAACAAGAGCUACAUUCAUCUGUUUCCUCAACCAUCAUUAAAAUCAUCUCCCGUGUGCACUCUUGUGCUGUGUGCACCAGAUGAAACUUCCCUUGAGGAGCUCAAGACAGUUUGCCAAGCAUCCAUCAUUGCAUUACAUGAGACACUUAAACAACCAUAUGUCUUUCCUGGUGCUGGCUGUCUGGACACACACUUAGCAUCAGUGCUAAGAAUGUAUGGGAAAAACUGUAGUUCAGAGAAAUCCAGAGAUCUUGGCUGCUCUAAAGGUCAGAUAAUUUCUGUUAUCAACAAUGUAGCCCUCUGCUUGGAAUCCUUAGCCAAGUGCCUAGAACAUGAUGGUGGGAUUGAGAUUACUGACUCAGCCAAUCACCAUCAUUGGAGUCUUUCUCCUGGAGCACUGGAACUGAAACCCAGCAUGCCUUACUGCAUGUGUGGAUUGGUGUCACAUGACCAUUCAUUGGAGUGGAGCAUGAUGGGAGAAAUGAUCACAAAUACCUCAUUUGGUAAUGGGGAUAAGUGUUGCACUGGGAAUAGUAACAAACUAUUUGAGAAUGUUGUUGUGGAUAUUUACUCAAUGAAGAUAAAUUCAUACAGAAUUGCAUUUGAAACUGCCAAUGCUAUACUAAGAAUUCAAUGUAUAGUAAAUAGUAAUGUGGUGUAAAUAUUAUAAUAGUAAUUUGGUGGUAACAUGAUGACAUGAAGAUAAAAACAAAAUUUACAAUAUAAAAUCUAAACCUAGCACAACUGAGUAGUUUGCUUAAUGCUGUUGUCUUACCAUUUAACCCUUAACUUCCAGUAGUGAUUAAUGUGUUACUUCUCUCUAUAAUAUCCAUACAUUAUCUAGCAAACAGGUAAUGAGAAUACUCAAACUUAUCAAGUAGAAGUGGUUAUCUUGAUCUAACACCAAAUUCUUGUAACUAAUCUACAAGGAAAUGUUUAGCAGCCAGAGCAGAGGAUUAACAAUCAGAUAUUGGGAGCUUAAGAGUUACAGAUGAUAACAUAACACAUCCCAACAAACACAAUGUAAAGAUAAUCAACUAAAAUUCAACAUUUAAGGUUUUAGAUAUUUAUUUUAAAAUAGUUACCGUUAAAAUUUAUUGACUUUCUACUCUAGUGAUUAUGUUUCAUUUUUUACAAAGAAAUUUUCUCAAUAUUUGGAAGCAUUUAAAACACUCAAAGAGCAGAGGAAACGAGACACAAGAUUAUCUUCCCCACUACCUGUCCUUCAUCUGAAGGUAGAGACGUGCGUGGAGGAAGAACUACGGGUUUUUAAAUAAGAGGCAUUCCAUAUGACGACACCGGAAGUUCGUGUUGGAAUGGCACAAUCGUUGGUCAGCGGAUAACCUUAACUUCCGGUUGAUCUUUUCUUUUCGUAGCAUACGACAGCUGUUGAGUUUUAUUUGGCGGUUGUACAAAUAUUUGUGCGUUAUUUAUGCAUCAUGGUCGUGGUGAAUUAGUGAAGAAGCAUAGGAAAGCCUUAAAAUAGUUUAUCACAGAGCUAAAUGUAAUACUUUUGACGCGGAUAACACAUGACGAGGCGAUGCAACAGUCAAGUGUCGACCACGGAGAACGGGGAAUUGAACAUUCGUCCUCGACAGUUUCUAAAAUUGGCUCUUGUGAUCGGAUUUAUGAUCGCAGUUGCUCUCAUUGCUUUGUACUACAGGAACUUUUUGAUAAUUUUGAUUAUCAUAGCCGUGUGGAUCUCUUAACCAGCGAAGGAAACACGUCCGUAGAUGCUUCACAUUUGAAGAUUCUCCGUUAUAUUGGACGACACUGUGGAUGGCUUUUCAAUUCGAUACUGUCUUGUUUCGCCGUUCAAGUUUCAAUUACAGUACUCCAGGUUGUAUACUCUUGGUCGCAACAAUUCGUUUUGGUCUUGAACGAUCUAUUUGUUUCAGACAUACCCAUGGAGCAGCUAAAAAGAACGAACUAUCGAUUGGGUAACCCCGAAGUGAUAUGAAGUGCGUCUAGUCACUAUGGAGUUUUCGCCUUCCCUCAGGAAUGAAACUCUGUAAUUAGCGUAAACAAAAAGGGACAUGAAAUAAAUUAUAAAUUCAUGUAUCACUUUCAAAAGUAGUUACUUAGAGAUUUCAAUGAACGGUGGCUUCUCGAGAACUUUUUUGAAUGAGAUUGACAGUGCAUGAUGUUAAAGUAGAUUUAGGUCAUGAUCUUUAGGAUGUAGCGAUGAAUUGAAAUAUACCAGUAUCGAUCCUUCA